AUGUGGAAGGCCGUACCGCUCGCAAACUUCCUUCAUGCAUGGAGUGUAAGCCCCACACACCACAAAGGCCAUCCGAUUGCUUCGACCCACGACGGUUCAUGGUCAAUUGGACCGCUCAACAGCAUCGAAAAGAGGCAUUCACGGUCCUGCAGCUCCGUCUCCUCUGCCAUCGACAUUCAUGCGGAGAGUGGACUCUCCCGUUUCGGUCGCUGCGUUUUGCUGCCGCGCCACUCGAAUGGGGCAGCACAUUCUGCAAUUGGCCACGAAUUGCUGGAGAACUCACCAACCUAUCGUCGUUCCUCACGCAAACACGACUCGUCGACCGACGCUCAGUAUCUCCACUACGGCAACACUUACGACAUCCCAUUACACGCCGGCGCUCGACAGACCCACUACCCGCCAGAGUUUGUCACCACCCACUUUUCACCAGAGCGCCACACUACCCGCUGCCCGCCAGAGCUCGUCUCCACCCACUGCCCACCAGACCUGAGCAGAUCCAAGAAGAUCAGCGGCAAUACAGCGGGACUUCACACGCGAGAAGAACUUCGUCAGUGCAGUGAUGCAUCGAGUGCCCAGUUCAUCCGUCCGCGAAAGCUGUCCCGCUCCCUCACUGUGGCAUCGCCACGCAUCUUUAUAUCGAUAUGGACAUACGAGAAGUCUCACCACCGGCGAAUGCCCUUCGACAACACGCUCUACUGCGAGCUUUUCCUUAAAAUCCCGCGCAGCACAGGACCCAGUGGCCAGACACGAUAA